AUGGCAACACCAGAAGAAGCAGAAACGGUGAAGAGUCAGAUCGCCCAGUUGUUGGAACAGAACGAAGCUCUACUCGCCUCGGUGGAAACCAUCCAGCAACAACAGCUACAGGAGAAGGCGGACUCUCAUCACGGCGAUCUGGAUGAGCCAGAACCCCAACCGUUCUCAUCUGAAAUCUGGAACGCUCCGGUUCCAGAUAACUUCAAACCGCCUCACUUGCCUACUUUUGACGGGAGGGGUGAUCCGUUGGAACAUGUGACUGUCUUUAACACCAGAAUGUCUGUGUACGGAGUCGCUGACUCCCUUAAGUGCAAGUUGUUGGCGGGUACCUUUGCUGAUGCAGCUUUACGCUGGUACAUGAGCCUUCCUCGCUUUUCCAUUGUUGGAUAUCAAGACAUGAUAAGGAAAUUCACCCAACAGUUCUCUGGGAGCCGCCACCGUAAAGUCUCGUCAACUAGCUUGUUCAACGUUCGUCAGGGACAUAAUGAAUCGCUGAGAGAAUAUCUCGCUCGCUUUAACGAUUCAACAAUUAAGGUUUCCAACCCCAACCAAGAAGUCUUCGUUGGUGCCUUUCAGAAUGGUUUGCGAGCUGGACAGUUUAACGAGUCUCUUGCGCAAAAGCCCGCCGAUUCGAUGGAAGAAAUAAUUGCCCGUGCUGAAUGUUACGUGAAAGGGGAGGAGAGCAAUACGGAGAAAAGAGCUCGGGAUGCAAAGGAAAAAGGAAAUUCAGGGGCGGAACGCAGGAAUCACUACGUUCCUCCCAAUAGAGAUAGAGGAACAUUCAAGAAACAGUAUGAAAGAAAUCAGCAUCACUAUGCGCCCGAGCACUUUACCCCUUUGAAUACGCGCCCCGAAAGAAUACUUAAGGAAGUACUCGAAUCGAAAAUCAUCCCGCCAGCUCCAAUAAGUCGAAGCAAGAUCAUGGGCCCUAACAAGGAUGCUUGGUGUAAGUAUCACUUGGUACAGGGCCAUAACACGGAUGAAUGUGUUCAUCUCAAGAGAGAAAUCGAAAAACUCAUACAAAGCGGGAAAUUACGAGGAUACGCUAAGGAGAGAGGUACCAAUGAUAGACAACAAGACAAGCCUAAUACUGAGCCCAAACACACGUUACACACUAUUUCGGGAGGUUUCGCUGGAGGAGGGGAGUCAAGUAAUUCAAGGAAAAAGUAUGUUCGCCAGGUAAUGCUUUUGGGAGAACAUAUCACAUCGCCCUCUGAAAAAAGUACCGUUAUCUCUUUUUCAGCUAAAGAUUUCAAAGGGGUAAUUCCUCAUGACGACGACCCGUUAGUCAUUUCUGUCCAACUACUUAAUUGGGAGAUUAAGAGAGUACUCGUAGACACAGGCAGCUCCGUAGAUGUUUUGUAUUACGACGCCUUCAGCAAAAUGGGUUUGAGCGAAGAACAACUUCAACCUUUCAGAGGAACUUUGUCCGGUUUCACUGGGAAAAGGUGCAUGUACGUGGCUAUAUUACUUUAA